GUGAGAUGUGAAUCAGAGGAUGUUCAAUCAUCCAUCAGUCUGUCUUCUGUUUUCUGGCCGUUACCGGAUUAUAAAUCUCAUCGUAUGAGGAAUAAAACAUCGCAGAAGCCGAAACUGUGUGGAAAUAAAGCGUGACCCUGAAGAAACAUCAUCGUUAAGUCUGGACACAUCGACGAGUUCACAAAAGCAGGCUUCUUACGGCACUGGAUCAGCUCGCAGUGCACGGGCUCCUCCAGCUAUGCCCUCUGGGCCGUCUUCUCAGCACAUCCAGAGGAAGAACCGCCCGCACCCGUAGGAAUGAGCACUCGGGCCCGGCACCUGCUCCUGCCCGCCGUCGCCGCUCCCGUGCCGCUCGCCAUCCCACUCCCCAACGGCUCUCCACCAUGAACGAUGAGGUCAUCAGCACCAACGCACUGGCCUGGCUGGUCUGCUCAGGAGUGUCCAUCCUGGCCAACGCCUGGGGCAUCCUGAGCGUCAGCGCCAAGCAGAAGAAGUGGAAGCCGCUGGAAUUCCUCAUCUGCACGCUGGCCGGCACGCACAUCCUCAAUAUGGGCAUCCCCGUCACCAUGUACUGCGUCAUUCAGCUACGCCGCCAACAUUCCAGUUACGAGUGGAACGAAGGACUCUGCAAGGUCUUCGUCUCCACCUUCUACACCCUUACCCUGGUCACAUGCUUCUCCGUCACGUCCCUGUCCUACCACCGCAUGUGGAUGGUCCGUUGGCCUGUCAACUAUAGGUUGAGUAACACCAAGAAGCAGGCGGUCCAUACAGUCAUGGGCAUCUGGAUGGUCUCCUUCAUCCUGUCCACGCUGCCGGCCGUGGGCUGGCACGAUACCACCGAACGCUUCUACACCCAUGACAACUGCCGCUUCAUCGUCACCGAGAUCGGUUUGGGCUUCGGCGUCUGCUUUCUGUUGCUGAUCAGCGGUAGCGUAGCGAUGGGCGUCAUCUGCAUCGGCAUUGCCCUUUUCCACACUUUCUCUUUGCAGAUGGGCCAAAACGCAGACAAAAACAAAUUCAACGUGCCCACUAUUGUAGUGGAGGACGCCCAGGGAAAGAGACGCUCGUCCAUUGAUGGCUCAGAACCCGUCAAGACAUCGCUGCAGAUCACCUAUCUGAUCAGUGGAAUCGUCUUUAUAUACGACUUUCUAACUGGAUUCCCGAUAUUGGUGGUGAGCUUUGCCAGUCUGAAAUUCGAUCGCUCUUACAGCUGGAUGGUCCUGUGUGUCCUCUGGUGCUCCAUAGCUCAGUCCAUCCUCCUACCCAUGUUUCUAUGGGCUUGUGACCGCUACAGGGCCGACGUUAAGAUGGUUUGGGAGAAAUGCGUGGCCAUCAUGUCCAACGAUGAUGUGGAGGAAGAAAACAGCCAGGACGGAGGCAUUCAUCAGGACUUAAUAUAUGACCGAGCAUUUGACUAUAGCUCCGCUGCUGAUAUCAUGACGGUAGACCGUAUUGCCAAGUACCAAUUGUCCACCUUAGAAAGGGGGGGCCCCCAGGGUUAUCCAAUGAGGGAGCUUCAGGAAGAUAAAAUGCACUAUUUGCAGGUGCCCCCUACAAGAAGAUACUCCCACGACGAAACCGACAUGUGGACCACCGGUCAGAUCCCGUCUUACCUACAUCGCUGGGGCUCCACGGAGGACAUCAUCGGCAUCCCGCAGUACAGCUCGCCGCGCCACGAGAGACGCCGGAGCAGCCCGGCAACUUGCCACGAGGAGAACCAUGCUCAUCGCAAACGCCGGCGGUCCGAGGACAUGCAUUCGCUCAAGCAGAUUCCGCGGGUCGAGCGUUAUGAGGACGAUUUCAAGUGCUUUAGCCGUGACGAAGUCAUCAAUUUCAUCGAUGAGACGCCGCUGGCAAGUCCAAUGCGGAGCCCGUGCCGUGCUUCGGCGGUCUCUCUGGUGCCCGACACAAUUCAGCAACAUGUCAUCUUAUUGCCGCAUUUCCCGCUCACUCAAUUUGAACGUGAGCCUCAAGCGUUGAAACGCUGCUUUGAGCACGGCAAGUGUGCUGCGCCGACUGAAACAGCCCAGGAUGCUUCGAGAAGGGCGAAGGACGUCGGAAAAGGCUCGGGCACGAGGGCAUUACACAAACAUGGGCACGACGAGAAACACGCGACACAGAGGGAUCAUUCGGGCCCGAGUGCAAGGACGGGCGUUCGGCCCUCUUUAGAUGUUAGGACAGCACAGAUCGACGCGCCACCCACUUGGUUGGACGACAAGAACCUGUGUAAAGGCGAAAGCAAAGGAAGCACAAAUAGUUUUAUAAGCUCUGCUUCCCCGGGUUACGUCACUUUUACCACCGAAUCUAUAGGAUCCACAAACUGAUGCACAAUUUCCCCUCAAAUAUUAUACAGCUGUUGCCGAUGCUUGUAAAGUUAGUUUGAUGUUUGACAUUCAUUAGACGUUCGGAAUCAUACCAAUUCAACUCUUUCCACUUGAUAUGUUUUGAGCCCAUAUUGAUUCAUAUAGACAUACAUAGAUGCCCUUUACGUUGCACACGGCUUAAUUUCUAGAAAUAGGUACUUUAAAUGAAUGUAAACCAUAUUUUUAAUGUUUAAUAUACUGUACCAACUUAAAGUGAUAGUUCACCCAAAUAAAUAAGAAAUAUAUAUAUAUAUUUCUAGAAAUUGUGCCUUGUGCAAAGUAAAGGUCAUGUAUUUAUGCCUAUCUGAAUUAGUUUGGGCACAAAACAUAACAGGCAGAAAGAGUUGAAUUGAUAUGAAUUCGAAUGUCUAAUGAUUGUCAAAUGUCAAACUAACGUUUGCCGUCUGUUGAGGCUGUGUUUCUUAGUGUUAUUGGGAGAAGGUUUGAGAUGGCAUGGGGACGUCAUUUUAAUAAUUCAUGGUAUAGAAAUGUAUUGCUUUUCUGUGGGUUGUAAAUGGUUAUUUAUGAAAAUAAACAAGCUGGGUUGUGCAACUUCA